AACCAGGAAGAGCGGGAAUGGUUGGUGGGGUUCCCAGGAUUAGCGUAAAUAGUAAGCCGAGUCCUCACUGGUGCUGGCGGGCACGUUCUACGAGCAUGACAGGGGUAUCAUGGUGGAUCCAUCGACAGCCAGGACGCGAGAGCUACGGCCUUUACAUUCCUGGCGCUGUCUUCAAAGAGGAAAAAGAAGCGGCGGACGAUGGUGGAGAUGGUAGUCGUGUUGGUCCCACGUUGUUUCCUGCAGCAGGAAGUAGCAGAGCUUUCCCCUUUCCACCUGCGGGGCCUAUGGCAGCGGCACAAAGUGAGUUCUCGGUUAGUCGGCUAGAACGUGGCACGGGAGGUGGAAUGCCGGAAAGAAAUGUGCCGUAUGAUCUGUACCCACCAUCGCGCUACAAAACGGCGAAGAUCGUAGCGGCGAAGAGGAAAAAAGCACAGACCCCGAAGGAUAAAGCAAAUACAGGAGGAGCGUCGGCGUUAUCGAAGAAGCAGAUAGCAUCAGGGAAAGCUGCUUCUGAGAAGAGAAUUAUUAUGAUGGGUCGGACUGUUGGUGUUGAUUAGUGGACUGAGUUGUAUUUUCCGAUUUGAUUUGUGCACUGACCGAUAACUCGUAGCAACAGAUUUUUUGAGCCUCCUAGUCCCUUUUGUGAUCCCAUAUUCCCUUUCAUAUUUCCAGCCGUCUCCACUCCAAACUCCGCCAACGUCGUUCUCCAGCAGGUGUGGCGAUUGUCUUCGACCAUUAUAGAGAUGAGUGCGAGACGCGACGAAGCUGCGGAGACCGACUUUUCCAAAAAGGAUGUUUUCUACCAAGUCUAUCCUGGUCAUACACCCAGCAUCAUCGAUCCUGGGUGGGUUCCGGACGCACGCGCGAGCGGAAUUCCUUAUCGUACUAUGAUGUCGAUAGCUUGUGAACAUUUUAUGCUCGUUUUCGUGUUCUAUCUAAGGUUUACCCGUUUAUGCUCGUUUUCGUGUCACAAUCAUACGGCGCAUCUGAUAUCACAACGAAAUACUACAAAUCGUCACAAAGAAGAAUUCCAACCUCCAUUGCUACACAUGAUCACUUACAGUUGCUGGCGGUCGCAUAGGUGGUGGUAGCAUGUCAGAGUCUGAGUUUCGCGUUGAACAAAUGAAAUUCAGAGAUUUCGCAGACAGUGGAGACGCUAGAGGAACUUGUACUCAUGCUGACGAGGUGGCGGAAGCUUAUGAAGGGGCUUCUUAGCUAGUUUUGCUUUUUUUUCAACCUUUUCUCCCUCGGUACCAACAUAACUCCACUAAUGUCUUACUCCAAGAAAGACACAAAAGUGAAACACUCCGCCCUCUUCUUCUAACAAGAACUAGCCGAAGAGCCUCAGUCGUACAACAUUUCUAUGCUGACUGGCGGUGGUUUUGUGCAGGAAUUGAGGGUCGACAAAGCGUUUUCGAAUUGGGGUUCUCUACGUGAUGCAGAGCUAUGGAUCGAUGGGGAGCGAGCCCAAGCUGCAGGAACACUGCUUACCAAGGAAGACAAAGACGAAGUAGACAAUUCUGCUGGAAAUUCUAGUAUUGGUUGUGGGAAUGAGACAUCUUCAAGCAAUAGCUCGAGUCGUGGCAGUGGUGGUGGUGGCAGUGGUGGUGGAAAUGAUACAUCAGCACGUAGUGCACCACAGAGUGGAAAAUCUUCACCAGCUGCUGGGGGAGGAGGGGGGAAUGCAUCGGACACUUCGAAUGCCACGAGCUCUUCGAACGGCACUAGUAGCGACGAGAGUACUGCCAGUCCGUCGGGAAGUAGCGGCACCGGGAACGCUAGUUCUAUGCUCACGGUUCGAAGGGUAGAGUCUGCGCCCUUGUCGUUUGUCCAGAAAUAUCGUCCGCGGUCCAGGACGCGAAAAGCCCGCUUGCAAAACCUACAACGCGUGCUCAUCGCGGAACUGGCUGAAGAGGCAGAGGCCACUGCGCCCGAUAUGUGGCGAGAAGACUCUUUGCAGCUGUACGAGCACAUUACUGACGAACUAGAAGACCUCUUGGGUCCAAACACCGUUGUUUCGAGGAGCACUGAUGGCGAGAACGAGGUAGCGGUAUUGCGGAAGACGCGGAGCCGAGAGGGUGGGGAGAAAAAAUAUGAGGGGGAUGAUAAGUCGGAAGUGUAAGUAUCUUGAGGAACAAUUCCAAUUCGUUUGUUUUUGACACUCGAACUAUGAUGAUAGAAUUUUGGUACUUAUUAUGCUACUUAGCUUAUAUAGCUACCUGCUCUAGUAUCUAAGUCACAAAGAAAAAGCGUAAGCCAAAGAACAUCGGUCCGGAGUAUCGCGCAGCUUUAGCCGCAGUGGAGUGGGAAUUAGAGCAGUACGACAUAAGUAAAGUCGCGAAUGACGAAAAUGCUUCUUCUGAUGAGGCUACUGCUCUGUGGAGGAAUGAUCCCCAAAAACAGAAGGAUGACCGAGACAGUAGCACGCUUGUCAGCAGGAACAUCAAGAGCACUUCAUCUGCGGACAAGAAAAGUGUGGUAGUUGGAGGUAUUCCGCCGCCUGAUAGGAGUAGUAGAAAUGAUAUUGGAGGACGCGGCUCUCCAUCUUUGCGGGACCUUAGUAGCAAUGCCGGCCCUCGUGGCGGGGUCACCUUGGCUCGCAAGAGUCAACGGGAGAUGCGUGAACUAGAUGAUGAGGAAGGAGAAGAAACCGGUGAUGCCGAUGACGAGGAGGAGGAAGAAGAGCCUGUCGACGAUAGUGCCAGAAGUAGUGAGGAUGAAGGAGAAGAAACCGGUGAUGCAGAUACAGAGCAUGAAGAAAUAUCUACACUUAAGGCUCACCAUUGAGAUUGGGGUCACCAUUGAGAUUGGGGUCACUGAGAUCGAAGAGGCGGCCUCCCCUUGAGAGGGAAAAGGGGAGAAGGGAAAAGGGAAAGGGGAGAGCCUUGAAGGGGGUCCCUUCCGUUCAGAGUCAUGAUGACCAUUGAAGGCUGAGCUUUAAGAAACACAAGAAGAGAACUUCGGAGGCAGAGGACGAAGCUGAGACCACAGAUUCUGACUCUACUGAAGAAGAUGGCGCAGAACCCACUAGAGUCGCUCCAGCAGCUCCUUCAUCAACCCAAGAAGAUGAAGACAGAGGAGACCAACAAGCUGGAGGAGAACAAGAAGAUGCCGAUGACAAUAACAUAACCGUUAAUGAUGUUAACAUGAUGAUGAACAAGGCAUCUUCUUUUUCUGAUCGUGUUUCUCCUGAUGUUGAAAAUACGAAAAGACAACCAGGAACAGCAUCAAGUCACACCAGGCAGGACUUCAUAGAGAACUUACUACUUCUGAAUGACCGUGAUCCCCUUGCAGCAGGAGUUCUUCCAUCAACGAAGGAGGGUAAAGACUACAUCUCCAUACCUAUCAAUCGCGUCGUUCAUGGCAAUAUCUCACUAGUCAUUCCUCCAGGGACGGCCAGCUACGACGCCAAAUCUAGAUUGCACCUGUGCAAAGUGCAAGUGAUGACUUCACCCGAAAAGCGACCCUCUCAUGGUAGCGGAGAGGGGGGUGCGGGAGUUAUGAUGGGGAGGAGGAAUUUUUAGAUGAUGAUGAAGAUGUUGCGUCUUUUUUUCUAACCUUCAAGUCCAAUUUUUUUCCUUCUAAUCCCUCCUCAAGGGGCGACACUUCCCAUUUUUACGGUGGCGAGUUUUUCUACGUAGGAGAGAGUAAGGAAAUCAUUCCGAGUGGAGCUGGAGCUUCCCGCGAUGAGCACGGAGACGAUGUCAACGGCUUUAGCGAUGGCGAAAACGUAGCUAAUACAUUGGUUGCAAGCGGGAAACCAGGUGCUGGAUCAGAGGAGGACCAAGCAGCCGGAUCAAUAGCCAGCGAGGAUAGAGCAGCGGGCGUGGGGUUGGCGGAGAGGAAGAGUAGAAGUAGUAGUGGUAGGAGCUUUAAUACAAAAAGUACAACUUCUAGUUCCAAGCGGAGAGUCUCCUCUGCAGCCUCUGCAACAGCUAGCUUUAGUAUUAGUUCUUCUGCCGCGAAUGGAAAGGAUUCUAGUGGUAAGGAGGCGGGGUUGAGACAGGUGUACCUGAAGACUACCGACGGUUGGGUAGCGGCAUUUGACCUCAAGACAGGGACACCAAUGGUCCACCAAAUUACCAACGAGAAACGGAUUUUCAUUUUGCUAGAUCAGGUUGGCUGUGCUGGGACGGGCUUGAUGGGGUGCGAUCUCAGUGGGGUCCUUGGUCUUGUUAUGAUUCUCGUUCCAGGACUUUUUGGACGAUUCUUUUCAUCCACACCGCCUAUAUGCUUGCAUGACAAAAGUAAAUGGGAAACAAGCAAACUAAAGCUGUAGAGCGACCUAUUCUUCUAAUUCUAGUCUAGGAAGAUCCCUAGACCCUAGUGGCAAGAGGCAGAGUGAGACCGCUGUCCAAGACGAUGGUACAUCCACAGACGAGGAGGAUGAACGAAGGCUUCCGCACGCUAGUGAAAUGCUGUUGCGGUCGCUCCUGAAGCGUCCUCUUGAGUCCGAGAUGCCGCUAAAAGAAGAGGGUGUAGAGGGAAUGGAUGCGGGACAGUUGGGGAUAGAAUUAAGGCUUGGGAGUUGACAUCUCUAUGCGCGUCUCUAUGUCUUCUUCAAGUAGGAAAGCCACAGAUAUGCGAGCUAGAGAUGCCAACUUUCAACCCCUAAUAGAAGAAAAAGAUCCUGACAUCGAAGCUGCGCAUUGGAAAAAUCCAAGCACAGACUUCCUGAGAUCAAGCAUGAAGUGGAUGAACAGGAGACGAAAAGUGCGAACAAACGGAAACGCAGCCUCUCAGCACCUAAUCGAGAGCAAGCGCGAACGAGAACUGCAAUAUAGACGGGCACUCAAAAGAAGACAUCGGUUGGACCCAUAUGGUCUGCAUGAUGUCUCGUCUUCGCCGAUACUGGAUUUGAAUGUAGGACAUACUAGUUACAGUUCUACACCGGACCACAUCAACAGGUGACGGCAUCACUCGUUUAGAACAAGAAUGCUAGCGCAGCUUUCUUCAUCAUCCUAUACUCCUCAUGCUAGCACAUCUAUAAGAAGAAUAGUUAAAUUUGAUCACACGGCAAUCAAAUUAGCAAGAUCUCGAAUUAAAUCCUAUAAUAGGCAAGGAACUCGUCCCAACUCUUUGAAUAAGCUAGCGCUGUUCUCUAACAAAAGCUCCUCCAGGGUCUGUGAUGCACCCGCCGCCGACGCUUCCGGACACUGUGCUGAUCAAAGUAGUACGGGAUGGCAACACAACCUACGUCCGCGUACCUUUCGAGAGUCCGCAAAGUCUAUCGGAGAUCCGCUGUGAGCACGUGGAGUGUCCUACCAUUAUGAGAGUUGGUUGUGGGUUCGUAUGAAAGUCUAGUGUCGAAAUAGAAUGACUGUCUACACUGUAACUGUUAGACAGAAGAUGUGAGAGUUUUUGUACUGUAGAAAACUAAUGAUCUCCCUCUUUGUUCUAAUCCAAGUUACACCUGUGUAGACGGAAGAUGCGAGUGGCAGACCGGUGCCGGACUUGAGCCAAAGCCAGUUUGUAGAGCCAAUGUCUGCGGACGCUCUUAUCGUCGCGGGACAGGAAAGACGCGUGCGAAUCUGCAAGAGACCUGCACGUCGAGAGGGCAAAAUAGGACGUAUUGUUAUGGUGGGUGAUGAGGAGAUCACUUUUACAACUAGCUUAUUUUUAUGUUAAGUUGAUGUUGUAGGCAAGAAGAGCAGCUUGUCAAUCUGGGACGCGUCUACGUAGCUACGCAGUCCUCUAAUUCCUCAUGGCCCUCCGCACUCUGGAACGACCUGACUGCGUCUGGCACGCCCACGACGCGCCGAACUGGUUUGAGGAGAUGUACAAGCUGUCUGAUGAUCAAUCCAAACCUCAGUGGUCUAGCACAGGGCGCGAAAUCAAAGAAGAAGAGCGCACCAUCUUUCAAAUCCCAGACAAAGUAAACGAGUGCCCGCCAGAAGAUAGGGGGGAGUUUCAGGGAUAG